ACGACUGUGGAAAAUGCAGCGCACAUUUCUCCGCAACAUUAGAAGUAGGAUAAAUGUGUUUAUUUGAAGGACAGACGGACAGAAUCUGUGAAUUGGUGUGUGAGAGUGUCACGGUUGUCGUCGGAAGGAUGAGACCAAAGCGCAGCGUGGGGUCAGUGAUCUAAAAUGAGUCACUCUGGGGAGAGAGAGGAGGGGGGCCCUGCCUCCAAAAGGAGUCUCUCUGGGGAGAGAGAGGAAGGGGGCCCUGCCUCUAAAAUGGGUCUCUCUGGGGGACAUGACACCAAAACUAAGAGCCCAAUCAAGCUGAAGAGACCAGCCUCCCCUGUACCCAGAUGUGUGUCCAUGAAGAGUGACUGGUCUAUGGGUCAGCCUAUAAACUUCAGAGAGGGAGACUUUUCUACUGUAAAAAGAACUCAUGGGUCAUGGUGUGGUAGAGAGAGAGAGAGAGAGAGAGAGUCGAAACAGCCUAAACAGCCUGUUCGGGACAAGGUAGCACGUCCGGUGAACAGAUCUGGGUUCCAUAGCCGCAGGCCGACCAGCAGAAAGGGGAUAAGCGGCAUGACAAGACCAAUCAAGCGGAAGAGACCAGCCUCCCCUGUACCCAGCUGUGUGUCCAUGAAGAGUGACUGGUCUAUGGGUCAGCCUAUAAACUUCAGAGAGGGAGACUUUUCUACUGAACAAAGAAACCAACAGGAGAGAUCAGAGUCAGAGAUUCUCAGUGUUCAGUCUUCCCAGAGUCAUCAAACAGACCUGGCCUCCAUAUUCUGUUUGCUUGAAGAGAAUAUUAUGACAUUUGUGAAGAACGAGCUGAAGAUGUUCAAGAGGAUUCUUAGUCCAGAACUCCCAGAAGGCUUUGAGAGUCAGAAGCAGGAUAAGGAAGUGGUGGAUGCUGAAGAUGAGAAGCAGGAGAGCAGUGCCAGAGAGGGGGCUCUGAAGAUCACACAGCACGUCCUGAGGAAAAUGAACCAGAAGGAUCUUGCUGACAUUCUGGAAAAAAAUUCAGAUGAGCUUGCUGUGAUUUUCCAACAUGAACUCAAAUCUAAUCUAAAGAAGAAGUUUCAAUGUGUAUUUGAGGGGAUCGCUAAACAAGGAAACCCAACACUUCUCAAUAAGAUCUACACAGAGCUCUACAUCACAGAGGGUGGAACAGGAGAGGUCAAUAAUGAACAUGAGCUGAGACAAAUUGAGACAACAACCAGGAAACAAGCAAGACCAGAGACUGCAAUCAAAUGUAACGACAUCUUCAAACACUUAACUGGACAAGACAAGCUUAUCAAAACUGUGUUGACAAAGUGAAGUCAUGAUGAUCAUGAUGAUCUCCUGGUCAUGUUUUCUCCCAGCAGUCCCUCUCUGGCCCUCAUCUCCUGGUCUUGUUUUCUCCCAGCAGUCCCUCUCUGGUCCUCAUCUCCUGGUCUUGUUUUCUCCCAGCAGUCCCUCUCUGGUCCUCAUCUCCUGGUCUUGUUUUCUCCCAGCAGUCCCUCUCUGGUCCUCAUCUCCUGGUCAUGUUUUCUCCCCUGGUCUCCCCCUGUAGGUCAGACCUCCCUGCUACCCACAUGAACCAUUUGUUAGGUCUCCAGCCUCUACAGAAAGUACAGACAGGGGUGUGGAAGUACACAAGCUGGGAGUGAUGUCUAGGAGAGAGAGGGCACGGUAUGCACAGUUCUAAACCUGCAGAAAGACUCGUUAUAAUCAAGCUGUAAUUAUGACUGUAAUGUAAUCUGAUGUCACAUGCCACACACUGCCAUCAUGCCCUGAAGCAAGGCCUUUGACCUGAGGUGCUGCGUACCAGUACAUUCCCAGCUUCAUGGUACAGCAGCUGUAAAACGGUGAGCACAUAACUCAUAAACAACUUCUAUUGAAUGUCACUGGCUAUAGUUGUCUUGGACCGUAUCCACUGGAUUUAGUUUAGUUUAGUUUAGAGUUUAUUUCAGAAAGGAAACACAACAUAGAAACAUGUUUAACCAUUCAUUAAAUAAUUAAUAAUUCAAGUCCUUGCGAUAUAGUCUCUGCUCCUUCAGGGUUUCUCACUGCCCAAGGAAAGUGUCAUUAUAUAAAACUACCUACAAACAGUGAGUGCGGUAAACUCUACCAAUCCCCCCGGCAGGAGCACAGAACCCAACAGUUAGAGGCUGGGGUGGUGGUGGGAGCAAGAAGCCAGCACAUAGUAGCAGGAGCAUCACUUCAGAGCAAGAAACCAGCACAUAGUAGCAGGAGCAUCAAUGCAGAGCAAGAAACCAGCACAUAGUAGCAGGAGCAUCAAUGCAGAGCAAGAAGCCAGCACAUAGUAGCAGGAGCAUCAAUGCAGAGCAAGAAACCAGCACAUAGUAGCAGGAGCAUCAAUGCAGAGCAAGAAGCCAGCACAUAGUAGCAGGAGCAUCAAUGCAGAGCAAGAAGCCAGCACAUAGUAGCAGGAGCAUCAAUGCAGAGCAAGAAACCAGCACAUUGUAGCAGGAGCAUCAAUGCAGAGCAAGAAGCCAGCACAUAGUAGCAGGAGCAUAAAUGCAGAGCAAGAAGCCAGCACAUAGUGGCAGUGGCAUCAAGCGGCAGCAGGAUGAGUGAACAGACCCGGUCAGGUUAAAUAGACCACCAAAUAAGGUAGGCGUGAUUGUGCUAGUAUCUAAUUGGUACCAUCUCAGCUGAUGGGACUCCUUUCUGAACUGGCUCACUUCAUUGGUCACAUGCACAGGGUCACAGAUGUAAUUGCAGGGCGCACGUGUGGUUAUCUGUAUGUACAGUAUGUAUGUUUCCACCCCCUCUCUGCCCAGUGAAGAAGAUGUCAAUAACCAUUGAAACAGGAUUACACCUCUCUGUCCAGUGAAGAAGAUGUCAAUAACCAUUGAAACAGGAUUACACCUCUCUGUCCAGUGAAGAAGAUGUCAAUAACCAUUGAAACAGGAUUACACCUCUCUGUCCAGUGAAGAAGAUGUCAAUAACCAUUGAAACAGGGUUACCCCUCUCUGCCCAGUCAAGAAGAUGUCAAUAACCAUUGAAACGGGGUUACACCUCUGUCCAGUGAAGAAGAUGUCAAUAACCAUUGAAACGGGGUUACACCUAUCUGCCCAGUGAAGAAGAUGUAAAUAACCAUUGAAACAGGAUUACACCUCUUUGUCCAGUGAAGAAGAUGUCAAUAACCAUUGAAAGAGGAUUACACCUCUGUCCAGUGAAGAAGAUGUCAAUAACCAUUGAAACAGGGUUACACCUCUCUGUCCAGGGAAGAAGAAGUCAAUAACCAUUGAAACAGGGUUACACCUCUCUGUCCAGUGAAGAAGAUGUCAAUAACCAUUGAAACAGGAUUACACCUCUCUGUCCAGUGAAGAAGAUGUCAAUAAACAUUUCAACUUAUCUGUUUUUCUGUUCAGGAAAAAAUGGUCAUGUCUGUAAAACAACAAUCAAAAAUAGUCAAUGGGUGAUGAACAUGUUUUAUUUGACUUCAUUAAACAUUAACAUACAACACAAA